AUGUCUCAUAUUGAUGCAGACUCGUGUGCCUAUACGAAGGCAGAAUUAGAACUGUUCGAAACCAAACCAACACAAACUGCAAUUUUGAGCGGUCGUCUCGUCGAAGUACAGCCGACAACCUCAAUUGACAACAAAGAUGUCAUUGAGUUCAACAAGCAGAACAAUGAAAAACAUUACAUUGACUUACGAGAAACAACGCUUUACAUCAAAGCGAAGAUCGUUAAACAAGACGGCAGCACCCUGAGAAAAAUGCAAGCCGAUGGAACCACUCUUGAACAAAAUGCGCAAUGCUAUCAGAUAAACUACCUAAUCGCUUCCAUGUUCAAACAGGUCGAAGUGUCUCUUGCCGGGAAACAAAUUGGAACCACCAGCAGCAUGUACGCUUAUCGAUCAUACCUGGAAUCAUUACUCAGUCAUGGAGAAGAUGCUAAAACCCAUCAAUUUCGAGCGGGCGGAUACUUUAAGGACCUGGCAAAUAUGGAGACAACCGGGGAUACGAUCAGGGACAGCUCAGCAACUAACAAUGGAGCCAUAGCUCGCUUCAAGAUGGUCAAGUUCAGUCGAAGUUUUGAACUCCAAGGCUGCAUCCAUAACGAGAUGUUCGAGCAAGGAAAACUUCUCCUCAGCAAAGUACCCCUUACAGUCAAAUUAACCAUGGGAAACCCUAAAUUCAACCUGAUGUCUGCGUUAACAACUACAGAUCACACGAUGAAAUUGGAGAAAGCGAUCCUCUACGCAAGCCACAAUGAAAUUGCAUCCUUUGUCGGAGUAGCAAACGAGGAAAAGCUUCUAACGGCUUAUGGAAAAUACCCCGUGGCAAGAAUCAAAAUGCGUUACUUUCAGAAAGCUGCAGGAACUGCCGACCUGUCCGAGGCCAAUCUCUGCAAGGGAGAGACUCCGAGAAGAAUUAUUCUGAGCCUGGUCGCCAGCAAUGCUUCGUAUUCACACAGGAGAAAGACCAUUUAUUUGUCAAGACUGUGA